UCUCGCUGCUCGGUGCGCGGCGGCGGCGGCGGAAGGCGAGGCCUGGUGCGGUGCGCACCGCUGAGGCCGGGAUCGGCUUGUUUAGGUGGUGGGUGAAAGAGGCGCGGCGGAGGGGCGAGAGAGCCAGCGUUUCACUCUAGCAGUGGCACCAGGGUCGGUUGCCUCGAGCCGAAAUCAUGACCACCCCAGGAAAAGAGAACUUUCGCCUAAAAAGUUACAAGAACAAAUCUCUGAAUCCUGAUGAGAUGCGCAGGAGGAGGGAGGAAGAAGGACUGCAGUUACGCAAGCAGAAAAGAGAAGAACAAUUAUUCAAGCGAAGAAAUGUUGCUACAGCAGAAGAGGAGACAGAAGAGGAAGUUAUGUCAGAUGGUGGCUUUCAUGAGGCCCAGAUUAAUAACAUGGAGAUGGCACCAGGUGGUGUCAUUACUUCUGACAUGAUAGAAAUGAUAUUUUCUAAUAGCCCAGAGCAACAGCUUUCUGCAACACAGAAAUUCAGAAAGCUGCUUUCAAAAGAGCCGAAUCCUCCUAUUGAUGAAGUUAUCAGCACACCAGGCGUAGUUGCCAGGUUUGUGGAGUUCCUCAAACGAAAAGAGAACUGUACACUGCAGUUUGAAUCAGCUUGGGUACUGACAAACAUUGCUUCAGGAAAUUCCCUUCAGACCCGGAUUGUGAUCCAGGCAGGAGCAGUACCCAUCUUCAUAGAGUUGCUCAGCUCAGAGUUUGAAGAUGUCCAGGAACAGGCAGUCUGGGCCCUGGGCAACAUUGCUGGUGAUAGUACCAUGUGCAGGGACUAUGUUUUAGACUGCAAUAUCCUUCCUCCUCUUUUGCAGUUAUUUUCAAAGCAAAAUCGUUUGACCAUGACCCGGAAUGCAGUGUGGGCAUUGUCUAAUCUCUGUAGAGGGAAAAGUCCACCUCCAGAAUUUGCAAAGGUCUCCCCCUGUCUGAAUGUCCUUUCCUGGUUGCUGUUUGUCAGCGACACUGAUGUACUGGCUGAUGCCUGUUGGGCUCUUUCUUAUCUAUCAGAUGGACCCAAUGAUAAAAUUCAGGCAGUCAUUGAUGCAGGAGUAUGUAGGAGACUUGUGGAGCUGCUGAUGCACGAUGACUAUAAAGUAGUUUCUCCUGCUUUGCGAGCUGUAGGAAACAUUGUCACAGGGGAUGAUAUUCAGACACAGGUAAUUUUGAAUUGCUCAGCUCUUCAGAGUUUAUUCCAUUUGCUGAGUAGCCCAAAAGAAUCUAUUAAAAAGGAAGCAUGCUGGACUAUAUCUAACAUCACGGCUGGAAAUAGGGCACAAAUCCAGACUGUGAUAGACGCCAACAUUUUUCCAGCCCUUAUUAGUAUAUUACAAACUGCUGAGUUUCGAACAAGGAAAGAAGCUGCUUGGGCCAUCACAAAUGCAACUUCUGGAGGAUCAGCUGAACAGAUCAAGUACCUAGUAGAACUGGGUUGUAUCAAGCCACUCUGUGAUCUCCUCACUGUCAUGGACUCUAAGAUUGUACAAGUUGCCCUAAAUGGUUUGGAAAAUAUCCUGAGGCUUGGAGAACAAGAGGCCAAAAGAAAUGGCUCUGGCAUUAAUCCAUACUGUGCUUUGAUUGAAGAAGCUUAUGGUCUGGACAAAAUUGAAUUCCUACAGAGUCAUGAAAACCAGGAGAUUUACCAGAAGGCCUUUGAUCUUAUUGAGCAUUACUUUGGGACCGAAGAUGAGGAUAGCAGCAUUGCACCCCAGGUUGACCUUAGCCAGCAGCAGUACAUCUUCCAGCAGUGUGAGGCUCCUAUGGAAGGUUUCCAGCUUUGAAGGAAUAUUCAACUUUCAUGUUCCUGUGUAAGACCAGGCUACUCAGUUGAGUCCUCUUGUGGAGCCCACAGUCCUCAUGGAGCUAUCUUCUCAAAUGUUUUCCAUAAUACUGUUUGCGCUCAUUUGCUUGCCUUGCGCACCUGCUCUCUUACACACAUUGGAAAACCUCUGGCUCUCUGUGGUGGAAUACCCUUAUAAUAAAAGGGUAACCAGAAUGGCCCACUCUCUUAUGGAAAAAUCCCUAGGCUUUGGAGAUCCGCAUUUACAUUAGAGUCAUGGGAAUAUACACAUAUUAAUGUGGCUCCCUUUUUUCUGGGGAAAAAAGAGGACUUCCUCCUCAUUCCCUUUAUAGAGUGGGGAAAAAUACUGACAUUAAAAGAUAAAACUAAACCUUUUAUCUUGAAUUUCACACAGCUACUUGCAACAAGGGAGGUGUUUAGACCUGUUAUGUAUACUUCAGAGUACUUUUCAUGAGUUCUUCCACAGUGAACCUUUGGAUUACCUGGUGGCUUUUUCUAGCCAAAUUUGCAUUAAUCCUUACUGAGAUUGGAUGGUUUUCUUUCCUCUAUUGGCGCCAUUCUUCAGAUACUAAAGUUAAACCAUCCACUCCCUCACCUUCAGCCUUCAGUGAAUGUGCUUUCUAGUUGUCAGGAAUGCUGAAGAAUUAACUCUGAUUCUUAAAUGUGAUACUGGUUUGCAGAUUCCUUUAAAGCAGAAAGGAGAGGAGCACAUACUAAUUUGAAUGACUUUGCUUCUCUUUGGUCUUAUGUGUCUUAGGAUUUGGAAGUGGUUUCAAUUCUCAAGAUUUAGAGUUCUUAGUAAAAACCAUAUCCUAUAAUUUAAUAAAGGAAUAAGAAGAAAACCAAACCUUUUGCUUUUCCCAAACUCAACCAGUGUGACUAGAGGCUGUUGUCUGCAUUGCAGCAAAUAUUUCAGGUUUUGUGGUCUGAUCAAGGUCCUCAGUAAGUUGGAGGUCACCCUAGGUGCUUUCCCCUCCAUGCCUGGAAAAUAACAUACUUUGAAAGAUUACUUAGGGAUUUGUUUUUCUUAGCCAGUGUACCUUGAUUUUAAUGUGUUUGCGCUGCAUAUAGGAUCCCUAUAAUGUAACAUCUUUAUCUUUAAAAAAAUAACCAUCUUUUCAACGAGACCUGCUUAACUCAAGGGCAAUGAUCUUUUUCUAAUAACCUCAGUGUUCUCUAACGAUUUUAUUUCAACUUCUACUAGUACCCUACAAGUCUGCAUCUACAAAUGGCUCUUCUAGUACUGUGUUCACUGAUCCACAUUGUGCUUGGACGGGAAUGGAAAACAAAAUAUUAAUUGCCAAGAGAACUGCAAAUGAGUUCAAUAAGACUUCUCGGUGCUAGUUGGCCAUCUUGACUCAAAUGUUGGGAUACGUGAUCAGAGAAGAUUUUUGGUGAUAUCUGUUCAAAAUGAAUUCCGAAGGAAAAGUUGCUCACUUCAUUCAGAGCAUAUAUCCUUUUUAAUCCUCUUUAGACUUACUCAUACCCUUCUAGAAUUCAUUAUAAUCCCAAAGUGUAAAAACUAUUGGACAGUUGCCCCUGACAAGCUGUUACACAUCUCUGGUAAAUCCUGCUGAAUGUAAGGAAUACAGAGCUUUCAUACCUCAUCAUGAUGUUAUUUAAACAGCCAACUUAUAUGACCUGAUUUACUUUUUUAAAAGUCCACUUCAUUCAAGCUAGAAAGAUUCCGAGACAAAGGACAUUUAUCAGCCAAGAGUGUGAUGCAUUCUUCGCCUCUAGUCUGUAGUUGUGUCUGUGCUCUGGGAUGGAUACUGUCUGAUGUCUGUUAUUGAUGGAGCAGCCACUGCAAAACUAGUCAAGUCCCAUCUGUACUGUUAUUUUUCUAGUGCUGCUUUGUGCUGAGAGAAAAUUUUAGUUUACUGCACUUGACCUGUAAAAGACUUUGAUUCUUUGUAAUUUUAGGGAUUAAUUAGGUGGUUAAUUUAAAGAACUUUCAAUGUUGCCUUUACAUCACAUUAACUCCUUUCAGAAGGAUAAUAGAAGCACUGAAUCAUAGUAAAAAUCUUGUUUUUAGCUUUGA